AAUUUUCGUGAGCCCGCGCUCAAAUGUUGCGACAGCGCACAUCAGUCUGGACCGCGUCGGGACUUGGGAUCAAGUUUGCAAUCCAAGAUGGCCGGCCGGAAUUGAGACGAGUUUGCUUACAAUUCGCGGCUGUAAUCUUGUUUAAUAUCGACAGGAGAGGCUCUCUAAAGGGAUCGAACUUAAAUAGUUAAAAUUCAGGAGCUGUUGAAUGGAUCAGUGUUAAAGGUGAUGUUCUUCAGCUGAGAAGGGGACUUUUCAUUAAAGAAUACAUGAUGUACAAGAUGAACCUGUUGGUGCACUGUAAUAGCAGGAUUGCCCUCUUGUGCACUAGAAAAGCUACUAAAAGGGCAAUACAUUCCUUUGCUCCAUCUGUUUUGAUGCCCCAAGUUAACAAAACAACAAACGGUUUUUACACCACUUUGUGCUCGUCAGUCCAAACUGCAAAGUUGAGAGGAAAAGUCUUGACAGAGCCGAAAUGUUUUGCGUCACAGCUUAACCAGGGCCUCGCUGGUCUACCAGCUUCUUACGUGAGGGAAUUGGAGCUUAAUAAAGAGAUAUUGUUAAGGUCUACAGUGCAGGAACAACUGGAAUUUUACGAGUCUUGGAAGGACCAAGCCUCGCUGACCAACAGAAUAACAAUGCUUCAUCACAUGGCGAAGAUUGUCCAGAAACAUAAAGUCCAAGCAGAAGUUUUGCAGAAAGAAAAAGAAAAAGUCUUGUAUGGGGGAGAAAGUGCGUACAUUGAAAUCCUAGAUUUCAUUGCUGAUAACAUCCUUGCGUGUAAAGCUCAAGGACUCGCCAACGUCUUGUGGUCCUUGGGGAAACUCAAAGAGCGUGACCACCGUCUCGUGAAAGUCUGUUUAAGAGAAAUUUCGUUUCACGAUGUCGCUUUCUUUUACAAAGCAGAGGUCUGCCAGAUCUUGAAUGGGUUGACUGAGUUGAAAGUGAAAGACUCGCGAGUCUUCAAGCGAGUCGAGGGAGCCAUUUUGGACGGCAAAAUCAAGAUAUCCCGUUUCGAAAAGCGACAAAUUGCUGGAAUUCUGACAUCAUUUAUUAAGAUGGGCUACGGUAGCGAAGAUUUCUACAAAACAGUUGAAGCUGAAAUUGUGGAAAGGGGUUUCAGAAUGUUUCACAACGGAGAAAUAACCCAGAUCUUACGCGCGCUUGCCAUCAUGGACAUCUCCUCUGAUAGCUUUUUCAACAAAGCUGAAAGGGAGAUUCUGCGGCGUUCGCCAUUUAAACUGCUCAGAACUGAGCUCGUUGCGAUUCUGAGAGCGUUUGCGAUGGCAGGUGUAGGAAGUGAAGAGCUCUUUGCAGCGUUUGAUAAAGAAAUAGUCACCAGACGGGUCAAAGAUUACUAUUCACUGCCUCUUUGUUGGAUAAUCUGGGCAUUUGCUACAAGACGAAUGACAAGCUGUAGAGUGUUUAGAGUUGUUGCCGAGGAGAUCUACAAGCGAGGUUUCAAUAACCUCGAAAAUGGCGAGUUAGCCCUUUGCCUCUAUUCGUACGUGUUGUCAGAAAUUCCUUGUGGUGCGUUUUUGAAGGCACUCGAGACAGAACUAUUGUCGAGGGACUUAGAAACAUUUGGAAGCAUUCAGCUGUGUCAAGUGCUUUGGUCUUGUACAAAAGCUGGGUUAUUGAACCCAAAACUGCUACAGGAUUUGGAAGACAAGAUUUUGCAACAGAUUGCUUCACAGAAUGAAGGAAGAGUGACUGUUGAAGGUUUCCUUGGUGCUGAGACGGGAAGCCAAGAACGACUUCAUUAUUUGCAAAAAAUGUGUGCUUUAGCACCAUAGAGUGUACAGUCUUUCUCUUGUGGUUUUCGCUCCAAUGCAAGUUGUUUACUUUGGUGUCAAAUUAUUAUUUUUUCUUUGCUGAGCUCUCAAUAAAAUGUUUCAAUGAAACAAUUUGAAGGGCCAAAGUUUACUGACGUUGCUGGUGCGUGGAAGGCGAACGUGAGUCACACGCGUGAAAGGGGAACGUGAGUCACACCCGCGCAAGGCGAGUCCUAGGCUCACUCGUCUCGUGCUCUAUCGGGUACCCGCGAACUUCUUUUUCCCACACCCAAGUUCAGGUCUCCUCUAUUGCUGUAACUGAUUUGCUUAGGACAGUGGAAGAGGAGAAAAAAGUCCCCCAGGAAUGGAUAGCUGUUCGAUACCACUGAUUGCAUGACUGACCCUACAGACAACUAUAAUGUUCUUUCUGCAGCCUGUGUGUAGACGUUUAGAAGCUUUUUCCUUUGUUUCACGCGGAAAGUGAAAUAAAGAAAAUAGACUGUGCACGUGGUUUAAACUUUUUUCCCGUUCUGCUGGCAGCUUUAUUUCGCUCUAUACCCCACUAGGGAUCCUGGUCCAGGUGUUAUUUUAGCAUUUGCCUAGUCUCUAGGCCUCGAUAUUUCGACUCGAUCAAUCUUUUUCGCGUCACGUGGUCCGAGGCAAAAAGUUUGUCUCGGACACGUCACCAAAACCAAUUGACCCUGGAGGCCUGGUUGAAAGCCGUACAGGAACCAGGCAAGGUUAGUAUGGGAGUAAUACAAAGAAACAGUGAAAAAAAAA